AUGGACCCGCCACCAAGUGCCCUUCAGUCCGACCUAUUGACGGUUAAGCACACGCAAGACCCCACGAUGCUCUUUCCAAGCCAUGCUUUUGGCCGUGGUGGCGUUGGGCAUUUCCUAUGCACGGGCCACUCCCGCGUCGGCCUUCAUCGCCUACCUCAAGCAUCCCAGCAGCCUGCCAGCCUCAGCGUCACGGCGCGUCGCCGACUGGGCUCCAGCCGCAGUAUGGGCGAGGAGUCCAGCGGAGCAAGUGCCAGCGGAGGGAGCGCCAGCGGAGCAGCAACCAGCCUCAGCGGCUUUUCCCUCAUCUCCUCGGACCCCGUAUCCGUAGGCGCUACACGCGCCUGGGAGACUGGCGGUGUGCAGCACACGCACAAUUUCGUGUCGUCCAGCCGGACGGUGCGGCCGCAGGAUGUGCCCAGCGCCAGCAAGUGGGCUGCGAUAAGUUACUUUGAGAACGACCCCAAGGAGGUGGCCCGCCAUAUGGCCAUCAUGGAGCAUGUGCAGGCCCAGCACGAGGCCGGCAAGGCCGCGGAGCGACAGCGGGAGCAGGCGAGGCACAACCUGUGGGCGGAGCAGCAGCGGGAAAUGUUCCGACGCCAACGACUUGAGCAAGCAGCCCGCUACGCGCGCAGCGGCAUACGGCCGCGCAGCGCCUAUGCUGACCUGGGGGCCGUCGCGGCGGCGGAGGAUGCGCACGGCGUUACGGAGGGGGACGCCGCCGGCGCCGUGUCGCCGACGAGCUCGGCACGUGCAGCCAGCGCCGGCGGCCACCCGUCCUACCGCGACCCGGCGGAACGCUUUUACACGUCGGAAGCCGUACGCAGCGCGCUCAGCGCGUCCGGUGCUGCGGCGUUGUACGGCUCUAGCGGGCGGUUACGGCCUGCCACGGCAGGGGUGGCGUCGCACAGCGGGGGGCUGUACGAACGCAGCCUCGGCGGCGCUAGCAGCACCCAGCUGCAGCUGAGCCUUAGCAUGCAGCGUCGGACCUACAUUCCGCUGCCCAAGAAGACGUACGUCAACGUGCACGAGCGCAUGGCGGCGGAGGCGCUGGAGACGCCGGCAGCGAGGGUCGCAGCGUUGGCAGCGGCCAAGGCGCGUGUGGAGGAGGAGCGCACGCAGGUGGCCAUGGUGGGGGAGUUACAGGAGCUGGAAUCUUUCGAGGCUCGCAUGCGGUCAUUGCAAAGGGCACGCAGCCGAGCGGCGCGGCCACAGGCGCAGCGGGGCAACAGGAGCAGCGGGUCGGGCGAGGAGGGGUCCAAGGAGGCGGAGGAGGACGGGUAG